GGGGAGGUCACUAAAAACAAAACGAAAACACAACAAAGUAACAAAGCAUAUGAUUAUCAUUAUGAGAUAGACUAGAUUUGACUAGAUCUAGAAUCUAGACUCUAGAUCUAGGCCUAGGUCUAUAAUAUAGUAGACUAGACUAGAAUACAGGAUGAAUUCAACUUCACAAAGACUAACUUUUGUAAACAAGAUUAGCAUCCUACUAAAAGCAACUUCUGAUGAUGAGAACGCAACUCCCGGAUAUAUGUUUAGAGAAAUAAAUGAUAUAAGCUUCGAGUCUUCUGGCUAUUGUGAAAGUCUUGCAGAGUUUUUGAUUGAUCGUGUCCGGCAAAAAUCAUGCAACAUAAAAUUUAAGGCUUUGAAAGUGAUCAAAUAUCUAACAGAGAAUGGGAGUCUUACAUUCCAGUCUGCUAUUCGGAAAUAUUCUGAUGUGAUUAAAGAAUGCAUCAAGUUUGGUGGCCCACCACAUCCGAUGCAUGGAAACACUCCUUAUCUAUCAGUCCGUGAACUAUCGAAGGAACUGUGUGAAGUCCUGUAUAAUAAGGAUGUCAUCACAAAGUCACCUGAUGGAGCUGCUUCUCCUGAACAACCAAUACCUUUUAAAUAUGGAGGACUUGGACCAGUACAAAGUAAAGGAACAUAUCAAGGUUUUGGUAACACUCCAACAAAUCAGACAAGAGGUAUCGAAGACAUCAUUCUAGAUGGAAUUGAAAAGUUUGGUGCCAGGAUAACAGAGACAGCAGCUGACCGCCAGGCCGCUGUCCUUGCCAAACUUGACCUGGGCAGCUCAACUAGUAACUAUAAGCCGCCAGUUGUUAAUUACCCUUUGGAACAAACUUCUAGUCAAAUGAAAGCUGCAGAACAUCAACAUCCGACUCGAACUGUAAAGAAACACCAACCUGGCAAAGCAGGAGGAGGUUGGGGAGAUGAAGAAGACAGUGAUGAGAAUGACAGCACAUCAAACCAUCCAAGUAUGGAGACUGAUAGUCUGUUUGAUCCUAGUGUUAGACUUCAGCCUGAGGCAGACUGGCAAGAAGAGACAGACUUAGUUGCCAGGUUUUUGAGGCAAGGAUCAACUGGCAUCGAUAGAAUGUAUUUGUCUCCUUCGGAUCUAAAAAAUUUCCUUGCCAGGUGCAGCUCCCUAAGUUGUGACGCUGUCGUGGAAAUACUUCUGUCCAAACUCGUCUCACUGGACGCUGGUGUAGUUUUGAGAGCACUUCAGUUGCUGGAAAGUGUAAUAUUCAACAGAGAAGAGCUCAUCAAUAUAGACACACUUGCUGCCAUGUGUAAGGUAACUCUGGUCACAUGCUACAAUAACUGCCACACAAGAUUAGAAGAGUCGCCCAACAUACGAGGAUCAAAGAAUCAACUCAGCAAUCAGUCCCCGUGGAGCAGUGUCAAGGUCAAACUUGCUAAAGUUGUUCUCAUCCUUCAAAAGUUGUCCUCUCAUAAAGACAUUUUACCAGCAGAAAGAUUAACAGGCUUCAAUUCUUGUGUAGCUCCAGUGAUACCCCAAGUCAAUUAACCCAUUAGCUUUUUUUGCAGUUGAGAAUGUUUUUGUCCUAAACGAUUGUAGAGAUUGUAGACCGUUUCUAAAAUCCCCUUUUCAAUAUACUUGCUUUAAAUUACCGAUUCAAAUCUGGAAGAUUUCUAUUGCUUAAAAUAAUUUUUCAAACGAGCAGGCCCAUAGCCACAGUGUAUAAUCCCCCACCUGGGAAAAUGAGUAUUUUCUAAAGGUAUUAAAAUUAUAUAUAUUUUUUAAACUAGACAUAUUGCUCUAUUUUUAAAGUAAGUUAUUUGUUUAUUUAGGUACUAUUAGAUGUUAAAUUUGAUUAUUUUUUCAAAAUAUAUAUUUUUAAUUUAUUUUCUUAAAUUCAGAGUUAGCCUUCAUUGCUUAGGGCUUUGGAAGGUUUUUUCCUAACCGGAAAUAGGAGCUAUUGGGUUGAUUAGAGCUUUGCUUUACUAACUUAGAGAAGCUCUGUGUUUUUUACACAACGAAAGAACCAUCUAGAUCACAUUGCUGUACUAAGGUCACAGGCAUUUACUAUUUUUCCUGCCAUAUAUUAUCAGUAAACCUAUUGUAAAUCUAUAGAAAACCUUGCUCCAUACAUGCACAGAUUAAGUUAAUUCAGUGAAUCAACAAGGUAGGAUGGUUGCCUGGACAAGUGCUGUGGACUACGGACUGUUGUCCAAUUGGUCUCAAGCUCAAACCCCUGCCCGUCCCAUCCCCUGAAGAAGGUUUGAGCAUAAUUAUCUUCAUUUCUGACAGAACGUCAAACCUUAUGAAACAAAUGAAAACAGUUUGAAUUUCUACUAAAGCAUUUUUAAACUAUAUCAGAAUUAUAGUUUACAUAGUCACACCACUGAAACUAUCCAUGUACUAUGGAAAAUAAAACAAUGAAACUUCAGAAGCUGAAUUAAUAUUAAAAAAAAAGCUCUAGUAUUUUAGGGCCUCAUUACUUAGCCAUAUUUGAUGAGAUUGCUAAGUAAAAUGUAGGUAACCAUUUAACUUUUUAUUUCUGUAAUUAUUUUCCAUGUUCUGACAGAGUUCAUUUUUCACAUUUGUACAUUCUACCCUGUUAUGAUUUUAAACUUCAAUAACAUUUUAGUUUGUAAUCAGGAAACAUUAUUUUUUGGUAUAGAAUUUUAGAAGAAUGCUCUUUUUAUAUAACACAAAUUAAAGUUUAUAAAACGAAAAAUUAAUUUUAUAUAAUGGGGCCAAAUCAAUGUUGGUGUCUUUCAUUAGGAGAGAAAGAGUUAAUAACAAUACCCUACCAGGCUCACAAAAUUAAAGGUAGCAAUAAGGUCGCAGUCACUGCUAGGGACCUAUCCUUAAUCAGUAACAUGUAUACAUAUAUAUAUAAUUGUGAAAAAUACUUUACAUGAGCCACUACUAGACUCAAUUCUCAAGGAUGUGAACCCAUUGAGAGUUGGCAACAACUAGUGUUUAUUGUAUGAAACAUUCAUAUUUAAAAGCUAUACAUACCAACUAUCAUGUUAAAAUUAAAUGUUUUGUGUCCUGUGAAAUUAUAAGGAAACUCAUUUCUAGCUGAGCUUAUAGUGUUCUCUGUAUAAAUAAAAUUUUAGUGUGGAUUUUGAGUUUAAAGUAUAGAAUACUUUUUUAAAAAAAUUCAUGAUUGAUCAAUAUUUUCAUUAUAAUUUGUUUCUGAAACUACUGACAGUUGAACUUGUAUAAAAUUUCAUAACUUAUUGUAUGUAUCUCUCAGCUGGAUUCAGUCAAACCAGCUUGAUCCAGGCAUCUUACUGCUGGGCAAGUCUCCAACUGUCUCCACAUCUAGUCCAAUCUCUUUGGCGUCUGCUUCCAAAUGGUGGCACCAUGUAUUCCUGGGUCGUCCUUUGUGUCAUUUCUAUGUAUCAUCUCAGAUUUGUAUUUUCUUUGAUAAGUAUUUUAAUUUUUGUGUUUAAAUAAAAUGGUAGAGAAGUUUUA